AUGACGGGAAAGACACAUGAGUGUUUAAACGCUGUGGGACCAGACAUACUGCAGAAGCUUGGUGUGCCAUGGCUCAUACCAACAAAGGAGAGUGAACCGAGUGAUACCAGUGCUGACUAUGCUCUGAGGAAAGAUGAUCCAAGAGGUCCUACUGGUCCUACUGCCCCCAACCAGCCUACUGGUCAACCUGUAGGUAAAAAUGAUGAUAUUGGACCUGGACUUCUAGUACAGCUAGACCUUAAAGUGGCCCUGCUAACGGAGAUAAACCUGGGUCUCCGGGAUCUGCUGGUCUCCCUGAUGCUCUCAGGCAGAAUGGAAGGUGCCAAGGGUGAAUACAGCAGUCCUGGCAGCCUUAGUGUUGCUGACUUUCCAGGAGGGCAUGGUUCUUCUGAACCGCCCAAUCCUCUGGAAAAUAGUGGUAACACAGGAAGGAGGAAAACUUCCUCUGGUGCUCCAGGUCCUGCUGAUUCCCAGAAUGCUCCUGGUCUAUGUGGCCCAUGCAGUGACAAAGAUGAAACUUCUGCACACAAUCACACAAUUCUGACGUCAUCAAAGGCCAUCAAGGAAACCCUGGCAGUCCAGGUACCCAAGGGUCUCCAGGAACUUCUGGUUGCCAGCACACAGGUGCUUACAGAGGCCAGAGUGGCAAGUUCUUCUGGAGCUGGAGUUUUGGGCAACUGUAAGCUGCCUGAUAUACAUAUGUACCCCGGGGGCGUGGAGGACUUGGUGGACACGCAGUUCCCCGUUGAGGAGGCUGGAGACAGAAGGGUUCACUCGAGCACGCCGGAUCCCGGAGAUGGGGACCCGGAGAACACAGGAUCCAAGGCCAAGGACCAGCCAGCCAGUCCCCUACCACCUUUGCCUCCAGCUGAGGCCCCAUCAAGCACUUGUGAGCCCUGGAAAACUGCAGCUUCCGAUGACAAUCCCCCUGGAGAACCUGAGGGUACCUCUGAGGCCCAGGGAGAAGACCCCAGUGAUGGGGACCCCAAUGACGGGGACCCCAGUGAUGAGGACUGGCGCAGCCAAAGGAAGCACGUGUUUGUGCUGAGUGAGGCAGGCAAGCCCAUCUACUCACGGUAUGGUAGUGUGGAGGCCCUGUCUGCCACCAUGGGUGUGAUGACGGCCCUCGUGUCUUUCGUACAGAGUGCAGGAGAUGCCAUCCGAGCCAUCUACGCCGGUGAAGGACCCAAGCUGGUGUUCCUGCAGCAGGGCCACACACUCCUGCUGGUGGCUGUUUCCCUGACUCCACAAUCAGCAGCGCAGUUACGGGGUGAGUUGCUUGCAGUACACGCACAGAUUGUGAGCACACUCACACGUGCAAGCGUGGCCCGCAUCUUCGCACAUAAGCAGAACUAUGACCUCCGUCGUCUGCUGGCUGGCUCAGAGCGCACACUGGACCGACUCCUGGACAGUGUGGAGCAAGACCCUGGUGCCCUGCUUCCUGGGUGCUGUGCGCUGGUGCCUCUGGCCCGUCCACUGCGGGAUGCCCUGGGUACACUUCUGCGGCGCUGUACAGCCCCGGGCCUGGCCCUGUCAGUGCUGGCUGUUGGCGGUCGACUGAUAACAGCAGCCCAGGAGAGGAAUGUGCUGGCGGAGUGCCGACUGGACCCAGCUGAUCUGCAGCUGCUGCUUGACUGGGUGGGUUGCACCGGGCCUUUUGCAGCAGGUGAGGCAUGGGCACCUGUGUGCCUUGCCUCGCUUCAACCCAGAUGGUUUUUCUUCUAUGCCUAUGUGGCCCGCCUCGAUUCCAUGCCUGUCUGCCUGCUACUGCUUGGUACCAACCGGGAAGCCUUCCAUGCCAUGGCUGCCUGCCGGCGCUUGGUUGAAGAUGGAAUGCACCCUGGUGCCCUGCGUACCCUUGGGGAGGCUGCCAGCUUCUCUAACGGACCUGCAGCCAGUGCCCCUGCUUACAGUGUGCAGGCUGUGGGAGCACCUGGCCUCCGGCAUUUCCUCUAUAAACCACUGGACAUCCCUGACCAACACCGCCAGCUACCACAGUUUACCAGCCCUGAGCUAGAGGCCCCGUACAGCCGUGAGGAGGAGCGACAGCGACUUUCCGACCUGUAUCACCGCCUGCACGCUCGCCUCCAUAGCACCUCCCGGCCCUUGCGCCUCAUUUACCACGUGGCAGAGAAGGAGACGCUGCUGGCCUGGGGUGACCUCCAAGUUGAGCUCUAUACUUGCCUCAGCCCCCUGGUGACCAAGGCCGGUGCCAUCUUAGUGGGGACGAAGCUCCUGCGCUGGGUGAGGAAGGAAGAGGACGGCUUUUUAUUAUCCGUUACCCCCCACCUACCCCAACCACCCCCAACCCCCAAGUACUCCACACCACCCUCCACCUCAGUGGGACCAGGCCCCAACAAUGGCUUUUUCUCUGGACUCUGACGGACUGCCGAGUCACCACACUUGGCUUCUAAAUUCUGUCUCUGGACAUGUGGGUAGAAGUCUGUGUGAGGCUGGUCCUGGGCAGGUGGGCAAGAUCUCAGGGUUGCCCAUAACUGGGGAGAAGGGGGACAGCAGUUAGGAGCACAGGUUGCUCUGUGAGCCCCUUAUGCACCUCCACAUCUAGGAAAGUCAAAACCUCCUUUGCCCUCUGCCUCACCCCCUUAACUAACCUGAAUGCCACCGCACCCUUUACCAGCUGCCCCCCCCACCACCACCACCAGCCUCUUCUAAGCAGCACAGGUUGCUCCGUGUCCAUUCUUCCAAGCAGACCUGAGACUGGGCUGAGUCUGUCCUCAGGGUAGGGGUGAGUAACCCACAAGGGCUCAAGAAUUUGCAAUACAGGACUAGUCUGAAACCAGCCUAGAGCUGUUUAAAGAAAACUACAGAAGGGGCCUAAAGUUGAAUCCCACAAGGCAUCCUCUGUCCCUCUGUCCUUUAUGCCUUUUUGUUUAUCAUCAUUUUCCCCUACAAAAAAAACAAAAACGAAACAAAAAAAAACAAAAAACAAACAGCCAAGCCCCACCGAUUUGGGCUGUUUCUUCACACGAAUAAUAAGGUUGCCUCCAGUGUCUAUCUGUGUAACACAUGCCACGUGAACUUCACCCAGCGGCCGGGAUGCAGCUUUGCGAAGAUUGCUCCUAGCCUCUAAGCUUCUACUCCAGAGAGAUAACUUUCUUUCAGCCCUUUCAGUGGAGAUACGUGGACUGGACAGAGCUUGGGACUCUGUCGAAACAAUUUCUUCUGGACGUUGGCAGCUUGCAGCAGCAAGAAAAGAAGAACCCUUAAAGAGCCUAGCACGGACAACCCUCCUCAACAGCCCACUACCUUGCUUCCCCCAGUCUGGUUAUCAUUUGGCCCUGUGGUUCUGCGCCAUGCGUGCUAUCAGUUGCCGUUGCAGAUGUUCUGCGCUUGCUCAGAGCAGAUAUCUAUGUCGCCCCACCCCCUGGUUUCCUUCAAUUGCUGUAGCCGCACGUGCUGCUUUUCCCAGCCCACUGUUUUUCCACAUGCGCGGAUGCUCCACGUUGGGAAAUGGCUGCCGAGUGGCUGGGGAGCUGGGAGGCUGAGGACACCGGAGGGUAGUGAGGCCCACAGGGUAGAAGGGAGCGAGGCUUUGGCCCAAUAUAUAAUCGAGAGUAGUUUUUUUUAGGAAAAAAAAUGUUUUUAGCCUGUUGAGAUUUUUAACUUCCACACAGUGGAAAUAAAUAACUUGAGUGUUCUCAUCACCUAGGUUAACUUGCCAAUAUUAUUGACGUAUUAAAUACUUCGGCAGUUCUUUUCGGCAUCCAUUACUAAGCAAAUCGGGAAAGGGAUAGUGGAUGUUCUCACAAAAACUGCCCUGUUGACUACAGUCAGGCCUAGAUGAUUACUACUUGGACUGUUCAAAGCCUUGAGAAUGGUUCUCUCACACUGUUUUCAGAUUUGUUUUGACUUAAGUAAUGAAGCUUCUCCCCUCAUUGGGGUCAAGGAGAUGGAGUUGAGCCUAGAAAACUACUGGAAAUUGCAGUUCCUUCCGAAGAAAUGUGUAUCACGGUAAAUCCACCAGAAGAGCAUUUUGUUUUAAUUAUAGAAAAUUCCCAAACAUUCUAAAGUAGAGAAAAUAGCAUAACCAGCGAUCCCUGACCCAGCUUCAAUGGGUUUCAAACGUUGUCUUCAUAUCUAUAAUCCACCUUUCCUUCCUGAGCACCAGGUCUGUCCCCAUGUGACCAACAUGGGAGGGCAGCAUCUUGCCAGACCUGUCUAUUCAGAUUCCAAAACAAUGCAUGUGACCUUCAAAAGCAAGACCCCACAGUUUCCCUGGGCAUCCAGAACACCUACUUGGUGCUUGAUACACAAUUUUUUCUUUUUUUAAAUGGGUGAAUGAUUGAAAUUAUUUAACAAUCCGUCUCAUUUGGGGUGCCCGUUUUCAAAGAAUAAAAAUCAGACAACAGUGAA